AUGGUUACCUCUUCGGUGGCCCCAACAUCAAGAGUCCGGGCGGUUGGAGCUGUCGCAGGAUGCUGGGGGUCACAACAGGCUGGACAAUGGCAAGCGAUCCCCAACGGCCAGCCAUGGUCGCCGCAGCAGCCGCAGCAGCAGCAGCCGAUACAGCAACUAUUAGGAGAUCCCAAUGGGGGCCAGCCCCUGAACAUCAUUGUGCUGCAGGACUGCGACAAUAAUGCGCUCAUCGAUCAGCUAACCACGGCCAUCAGCCGGAGCGGUGGGCAGGGGCAUACCAAUCUUCAGCCACCGCCAAAUGAACAGGACGCGGUACAGCCAGGAUACAGCAACUACAGCUACAAUAAUCCGCUCAGCGGCUACAUUGACUACGAGGUCGUGGACUUCAAUCGAGGCAGCCAGAUGCAGUACAGUAGGAAUAUGGACUACGAUGAUGGCUAUGACAACGAUGGGUACAUGGAUAGGUAUCUGCAGAGCCGCAGCUCAUGCGACAUAACCUCCUGUGUAGCCAAGAACCCACCCACGACCUGCGCUUGUAACUCCGGCUCCUGCACUUGUAAGUCCUGUCCCAAGGAGUGUAAGUCAGACGGCGGGAAAACUGAGAAUAAAUCCUGCAGCUGCACCUGCAACUGCACUGCCUGCGAGUGCAAGGUCCAAGAGACAGAGUGUGACCCCACCUGCGGGGGCAAAUGCGCCAGCAAGUGUGAGAAAAAGUGUGAUCUGUGCGAGCUCCUUGCCAAGGCCCUUGAGAUCUUCAAUAGCCUCUCCGAACCGAAGAAGAAAAAAAAGCCGCACAGGCCAUACUCCAUCUACUCCAAGAAGAAGAGCCUCCAAUGCGGACUACAUAAAGUUAAGGAAGAACAAAAACCGCAAGAGAGUAGCCUCCGGCUCCAGCACCCAGGUGGUGAAUGAACUCCUAAAAGAU